AUGAAAUCAGCCAAGCCAGCUAUUAUAAUCCCUCCUGUGUCUUAAAGAAAAACAAAUAAGUCAGGAAAAAGGGUCUAAAGUUCAGAUAACAAGAAAAAAUUCACUGCUAGUGGGUCAUAGUUUGCUAAUAAUAAUUCAUUUUUAUCAUAAAACUCAAAUUCAUCUAAAAAUGGUUAAAAGGAUAAAUUAAACACUUCGCUACAAGAGAAAAAGAAAAGACUCGAAAAGCUCUAAACAUUGCUAAAAGGAGAAAAAGUUAAUCUUAAAUAGGAAUAUGAUAGCGAAGAAGAGGAAGAUUUUGAGUUUAUUAUGAAAGAGACUGCAUUAAAGGAAUUUUAAAAAUAAGUCAAUAAAUAAGCUUUACUUGAAGAUGGAACAUAAGUUGAUCAACUUUAAAAUUCUACAACUAUAAAAAAAGAAUAGCUACCAGCGUACUUGCUUUUAGCAAAUUAAAGCUUGUAAGAGACUAUAAAUUUAAAAUAAGAUCAUCUAAAUAAAGAAAAUAUACAAUCAUCUAAUGAUGAUAAGCAUAGCGGAUAUGUAGCUAAGAAUCCUAGACCUCAAAGAGAAAGUAGCAAUGCACUUGUUAAUAAUUUUAUCUAAGAAGAAGAUGAAGAAAAGCCAACAGAAUAAAAAUAGACUGCUGCUCCUUCAGCUGUUUAACCAAAGAGGGAUUUUUCUAAAAAAAGAAUUUACACUGCCUAGCAAAGAAUCUUCAUGUGCGUACUAAUUCAAGCAACAUUUAGGAUGUAUAUAUAAAGAAAAAAGUAUUUAAAAGAAAAGUAACGUUUAGAAUAACUACUUUAAGAGCAUAAAAAGGAACUUAUUAGAAAAAGGGAAGAAAAUGAAAAAGAAUAAGUAGAAAUUGAGUAGGGAAAAACACCUCUCCAAGGAAGACAUAUUAUUUAAUUUUAAGGAAUAGAUAAGCUAUUACAAAAUAGUCAGGUUAUAAAAAAUUAAACCUUUUAAAGGGCAAACAAAAAAAGAACUCAUUCAGAAGGACCAUUUUCUAUGUAUGAGCAUAUGAAAUAAAAUGAAGAAGAAGGUAUUAUAGAUCAAGAAAAUGAAGAAAAUAGACGCUAUAAGCUUUACCAUUCGAAAUUUAACCCUUUAAGAAAAUCAAGACCUCCUCUUCCAGCUAAAGUACCUCUUAACAACAACUUUUUUAGUGAUAAGGGUAUAGUUGAUUGCUUUGUGAAGAAAAAUAGAGCCAAUCUUCCUAAUUCAUUAAAAAAGAGCUCAUCCAGUGGUGAAUCUUUCAAUUUAUCUACUUUGCCAGAGUAUAAUGAGCUCCUUUAAAAAAGUAAGUAAGCUAUUAGAUAGCCAUUAAUUCAGUAAAAAUAACCAAAGCAAGAAGAAGAUUCAGUAAUUUAUUCAGAUACUUUCGAAAAAGAAAGUAUUGAUGCUUCCCCAGUGCAAAAGAAAUUUUAAUUCAAUAAAUCUACUCCUUAGAAAAGAAACUCAAUUCAUUCUGUUUCAGAAGAAGACUACUUAAGAGAAUCAUUUGACAUUGAUACUCCAAAAGAAAGUAUUAAGGAAUCAAUUAGAGAAUCUUUCAAUAAAGAAUCAAGCAGGUUUUAAUCAUCAUUUAGCAUGUCAGCCAAAAUAAAAGAGGAUAUUCCAGAAGAAAGUAUGAUAGGUGAAUCUAUAAAUGAAUCUUCAAUAGUUGAUGAGACUGAAUAGCCAAAGAAUAAAAAGAAAAACACUUCAAUUUAAGAAGAUAUCAUUUAAACGAGCAUUGAAGAUGAUUAUUAAAAUGAAAAAUUUGAAAGUAUAUCUGAGGAUUUAAAUAACAGUGAAUAAAAGAGUAUGAUGAAGGAAUCAAUCGGUGAAGAUAUUGCAGGCAUGAGCUUUGAAAGCAGAGGUAAAAGGGGAAAGAAAAAAUCAGUCACUUUCAGUAAAGAGAAAUCAGAAUAGAUACAAAAAUAGCUUGUGGGUUAAUCUCAAACUGCUGCAGCUGCUGUUUCUUAGUUUUCAAAAGAUAAUAUACAAAAUAAUAAUAGUGGUAUUUUAAGAAGAUCGACUGACUCUCUAAGUGCUGAUCAAAUGGUUUAAAUCAGUCAAAAAAGUAACUAUUCUAGUUAAAAACUUAAAGAGAGCAGUAAUUAAGCUACUAUGCAGUAAAUUCAUGAAAUGUAUUUUGGCAAAGAUGGCGUUUCUGAUACUUGGAAGAAAUUUGAAAAAAUUAGAAAUAACUAUGAUGAUGAAUCCCAUCUAAAAGAACUAAAUAAGGAAUAGAUGGAGCUUGGAAAAUUGCAAAAAGACAUUUAUUCUAUGUUGUAAAAUACUAAGAGUCUAGCUGACAAAUGGUAGGAAGAGCGUGAUAGCUUGUUACACUCUGAUAAGAAUGCUUCUUAAAAGGCUGAAAUGGUUUACUAAAGAUAUUAGUCUGAAUUUAACAGAAUUUUACAAUCAGCUCCUAUGCUAAACAGAUUCUCACUCUUAAAGAAUUAUUUAGAAUAUCGUGAUCGUUAAAUGAAAAAUAUUAAUCUUUUUAAAGAUAAUAAUAUUUAACGUCUACCUACUUAGGCUGACACAGCUGCUAUGAUAUAAAAAGAAGUUCAAUCUUAAAUUGAGGGUAUGGUGAAAAAUUUGGAAUAAAAGUAAGAAAUUAUGUAUAAAGUUUUAGUUCAGGUUGUAGAAAAUCUUUAAAAUUUAAGAAAUCCUGGUUUUGAAUUUGAAGAUAUGAAGAGAAUCUAAGGUAUGAUAGAUGGCAAGAUUGAUCAAGUUUUUGCCAAUUAAGAAAAAAUCCUUAAGUUCUAAUUUGAAUAAGAAAUGGUAUUUAGACAAGACUAACUGAAACUUCUUUAUUCAGGCAAGCCAAUAACUGAAGAGGAGCUAAAACUAAUUCGUAUUAGAUAAUUGCUAGCAUAAAAUAGAUAAGAAUAAAUUAUUCCUUUCUUAUAGCUUGAUAAAGCAAACAUAGUACCUAAUAUAGUAGUUUAGUCUGGCUAAUAAUAAAAUGUAUAAGCAGAUGAUAAAAAUCGCUUAAAAGAUGUAAGUUUGUCAAGUAGUAUCGAUAUGGAAGCUAUGUCAGAUAGUAAAAUAAGUUGGUAGAGUGGAUAGGAAAUUUGGGAUAAUUUAAAUGAACUCGAAAAAGAAAAAUUAAAUGACUUCAACACUGAAUAAGUAGUUAAUUUCUUAAGUGAAAUGCUAAUGCAAGAAAUUCAGGAUGAUUUAUUCCCUAUGCGUAUGACUACUAGCCACUUACAACUCAAGAAAAACGAGAAAUAAAUAUAAGAGAGAGCUAUGGAAAAGAUAAGCCCUCCUAAGCAACAUUCUCAUUAAUAAGCUGAUAAGAAAUCAAAAAUUUAGUCAUCAAUCUAAAGUACUAUGAGUCCUGUUAUUAAUAAAUCAAACAGUUAAUAAAAACUUAAAAGCGAUAGGACCUUAACUGAAGAAAGUUAAUAAUACGAAUUAGAUUUUGAUGAAGAUUCAGAAGAUAAAUUUGGAUAAUCUCUGCAAUCAAACCGCUCCAAUAAUAAAUCUUUCUUUGAAGAUAGUGACGUCAGUGCAACCAAAAAUAAGCUAUAAAAAAAAGAUAGUUAAGAAAGAUUAAAUAAUAAAAACGCUAAAGAAGAUACUGAGGAUAAAGUUUCUGAACAUUAAGAUGAAGAAGAGCAAGAGUAUGAAAAUGACUUUGAAGAUAGCGUUGAGAAAUCAACAGGUUAAGUCUCUAAGAGUGCGUAACUAUCUUCACUAUAAUAGUAGAAGAACAGCAGUUAAAAGUAAGAUAAUGACUUUGAUGAUCCAAUGGGAAUAGCAAACAAAGCUAUGGAUAGAAAUGCUAUCCUUGCUGAAAUAAGUGAAAAUGAAAAGAAAAAUCCCCCAAAUGCUCCUCUUCCUAAAUUAUAAGGCCAGGCCAAAAAAGGAAAAUCAAAAUAAUUAGAUGAUGAAGACUACAAGGGUGACAAUGAUUUCUUUAAGCCUAGCUCUGAAGAUUUGGAUGGAAACGUUCAAAAGAACCCAAACAAAGACUUAUAUAAAAAUGAAUAGACAUAUGAAAAAACAAGUAGAGUGUUAAAUAACUUGAAAACAAUAUUAAAAAAGAAAAAGAAAUUGAAAAUAAUUAAGGAUGUCCUUGAGGCUAUAGCUCAAAAUAAUGUUAAAGGAAAGAAAUUAGAUUAAUUCAUAGGAAAUGUUCUAAUGGAAAAGGCUUAAUUCCAACUUUUUGAAAGUCAUGAUUGCAAAAAAGAGGAUGAAAAAGUUAUAGGAUUAGCCUUAUAAGAACACUUCUAUAAUAACUUAAUUAAAAAUAUAUAAGACUUAGAAUAAUUCCACUUUAAGUAAGCUUUCAAUCGCAAGGAAAUUUAGCCUGAAAUAGUUGUCCGUUGGGAUCACAUUUGUGAAGUAGCAGCUCAAUAGACACUAUAAAUCCUAGAAAAAGUAGUUCCUGUAGACUAUUACUCUGAUGUAUAAAUAGAUAAAUACACUAAUUUUAAAAGAGUAAAACGUUUCUGUACAAUCAACAAAGUAGCUAAAGAAGACAAUGAGUUGUUUGAGUUACAAAACUAUGAAUUGUACAAAGAAGAAGUAAAUUACUAGAAUGAACUUUCAGAUUAAGUUUUAUAAAAGAUAGUUAACCAACUAGCCAAAGACCUUAUUUCUAUAUAAAAUAAGCAAAAACAAAAAAUUUGA